AUGGCACAAGUUCCUCGCAAUUUUCGUUUAUUAGAAGAGCUCGAGAAGGGUGAAAAAGGACUUGGUGAUGGUGCUUGUAGCUAUGGCCUAGCUGACGAUGAUCUUCUUAUGCACAACUGGCAUGCUACUAUUCUCGGUGCUCCCCAUUCUGUACACGAGAAUCGAAUCUACAGCUUAACAGUUUUCUGUGGUGACCAAUAUCCCAAUCAACCUCCUGUCCUUCAAUUUGUAUCCAGAAUCAAUUUACCUAGUGUUAACCCUCAAAACGGAAAGGUUGAGCCCAGUCGUUUGCCCUGUCUCGCACACUGGAGAAGCAAUUAUACACUCGAAACUGUCUUGACUGAAUUAAGAAGAGAGAUGGCUACUGUUGGCCGCAAGUUGCCUCAACCCGCUGAAGGCUCCACUUACUAA